AUGGAGCCAGGGGUUGCCCAGCGUAGUGAAACAUCCUCGCCGAAGAGCUUGCCCAAAGAGCUGGAUAUUUCGCCUAUCAAUAAUGAGGAACUUUCCAUUGAAUUAACGCAGCCGCUCAUUGUGGGAGAGUCAACUUUAGAAGCUAUUGAGAAAUCAACUUCCAUCGUCGAUGAUAAACCAGUUUCUACAAUCGAUGAGGAGCCUGUUAUAAGCAGCAAGAAAGGCAAGAAGAAAAAGAAGGCCAAGAAGACCCAGACAGCGGAAACUGAUGUCGAAGAUGCACCUGCUAAUAUCGAUACGGUCGUCGAUAUAGAAUCCGGUCUUCCUACCAAUGAACCUGUCCCUGAACCAAGCUUCGAGAUCAACAAUACGCAGCAAACUUCGAUCGCGGAGCCAUCUCAGGUCGUCGAUCUAGAGUCUGCAUCAGACCCUCAAAAGCUCAGCACUCUUGAUCAUUCCACAACAGACGACAAGUUGCUCAGAGAGACGCCUAGGCUAUACGACUGGAGCACAAAAGAUAUUUUAUCCAAGGAUGCCGGCUACGUACAGGUACCUGAAGUGCCUGCACCAAACUCCACUGAACUACAAACUGAGAGCCACACGGAUGCUACGGAACUGAGUAACGUUAAAUUGGCCGAGAGCCAAUUUCCGGAGCAUGUGGUUGAAAAGUUGAUGGAUCCUACCAGCUCUUUAAGCGAUCAGAUUCAGCCGCAGCAGGACGUCGGCCGUGGUGAGUCGUUGCAGGACCCGCUCUCCACCAACGAUCCUAGCGAUAACAUGGUAGAUCACUUGGUACAAACCUCUGCAUCAAUGGUCGACAACACCGAAGUCAAUGAUCCAACUACGGAGGGUACUCUUUUUGCAGAGCAGAGUAUUGCUGAACCGUCUGAUACCCUGCAAGAAGAAUCGGGCAGCAAGAAAAAGAAGAGUAAAAAGGACAAGAAAAAACGGCAAAGCGCUGCAUUGGAAUCGAAGCAGGAGCCGGAAACUAUUUCUACUCUAUUCGACGUCGUUGAAGAGAUCGUGCCUUGGGAAACCAGUGAACCUACAUCCGAAGCUCAGGCUCUCAAUGAUGACCAGGUUUUGUCAAGUCAGGCUGAGCAUGAAGGCACUCCAGAUCAUGCCCUAGCUGCCCAGCUUAAGCCAAGCAAAAAGAGCAAAAAUGGAAAGAAUAGUUGGCAGUCCGUCGCCAGCAAUGGCUUUGAUGAGGCUCCUCAGCAGGCUGCUGAAGAAGUACCCCUGCCUGGCAAUGACAUCCAAGACCUGGCAGCCGAGUCUGCUAGCAGUCAGCCCGUCGUCUCGACAACGAGGACGGCGAACACUGAAGAUGGAACCGCUACUGUUCUAGAAUUACAGUCCGAGCCUGAAGCUAAUAUUCCCGUUAGCAAGAAGUCAAAGAAGGACAAAAAGAAAAACCGGCAGUCUGUUAUCUUCGAAGACCCUGCUGGAAACCCCCAUCAACCUGCAGAGGAGAACCCCUUGGCCGACGCCGAGUCCGAAAAUGCCCAGGCAAAGCCUGAUCUUAGUAGCCGACCGCCAAGUUCCUCCAGCAAUCUGGAAGAGGCUGAAAGGAGCCUGUCCAUCGAGGAAAACUUGCCGGCCGAGGACAACUCGUAUGCUGAGAAAAGCUCGCUCGCUAAAGGAAAUGUCGUGACUGAAGAAAGUCUCCUAACGGGCGCAUCUGAUCUCGCCAUGUCAGAGCCGCAGCAUACGCCAGAGCCUGAAGUCGAACUCACUGUCAGUAAGAAGUCAAAGAAAAACAAGAAAAAGAAUCGGGCUUCAUUCCAACUUGACAAUGAACUCAGCGCGACGCCAGGAGAACAGCCUCAGAGCCCGAAACUCUCGCAGGAUACACCGGUCGAUGUACCCGUCAGCACAUUGCCCAUCAGCUUGGAGCCUUCCAGCGUUGUUGACGAGAAGCGUGGCGUUGACCAGGCCGACGCUGAAACACCUUUUAGUGAUGCUCCACGAGAACCUCAAGAUAUGAGUCCACCCAACGAGGAGACGCAAUUGGUUGAGGACGACUUGAACACUAUCUCCAAUAAGUCUAAGAAGGAUAAGAAGAAGAAAAAGAAGCAAGCACUAUCUACUGCCACUUCGGGGGAGCUGUCCCUUGCCGAUGAAGCCGAUGAACAGCCGACCGAAUUAAACAACGAUACUCAACAGGAACGCCAACCAAUCAUCGACUUACCAGUGAACGCCGCACAGCAACAUGUGCACAAUGAGGCUACGCAAGUUGAUGUUGUGAUUGACACAGCAUUGCCCCAUGUUUCACCACUUCAGACCGAAGUCACUGCCCCUGUCGAAAGCACUCAGAACAUCAUUGACCCGCAGAAUGAAAUAGCACGAAGUGUUAUUGAUGCUGCCAUUGAUACACAAACUGAGCUCGAUGCAACUCAAAAUCAACCAGAGAUCGAUCUAACGAAUCAACUUGACGACAUGCCAACGACGCCAAUUGAGCCUUCAGCGGAUGCUGGAACUUAUCUGGUGCCUGAAAUUAAUGAUUCGCUUGACGCUGGCGAGCCCAACCCCGAAAAUCCCAGUAUUCAAGACUUGCCAAUUGCCCCUACAGAGCUUGAGUUCCCAAUGACCACUAAAAGGAAUAAGAAAGACAAGAAAAAGCGAAAGAGCGUAAUCGACGAGAUGCUUGAGUCAACUUCUGGAACGUCUACGCCUAAGGACGAGAUGAAUACAAACUUCCCAGCACCCGAGCCUGCACCAGCGGAUGAUUCUCAAAACCAGCCACAGUUGGAGACCCCACCGCAAAGUGACCAAGCUAUUGUUGACAUUCAGAAGGCAAACACGGAGGAGCAGAAAGCCGGCGACGAUGGAUCAGGCGGUUCUUCAAGCAAGAAGUCGAAGAAGGACAAGAAGAAACGCAAAAGCAAGGUUGAUGAUAACCUUGAUUCAACAUCUGGUCCUGUCAAACCUCAGGAAGAUGCCAACCUUAACAUUCUAGUCCCUGAGCCUGAACCACUGAUCGAGCCUGAACCACUGAUCGAGCCUGAACCACUGAUCGAGCCUCAGGAAGAUGUCGACCUUAACGUUCCAGUCCCCGAGCAUGAGCCUGAGCCGCCGAUUAUGGAAGAACUCGAACCAGCCAAUGUUGACGAACAGAGGCUAAACGACGAGGAAUUGGGCAGCCUGCCGGCGAAGAAAUCAAAAAAAGACAAGAAAAAGAAAAAGAAGGGUAGUCAGGUCCAGGAACCCGAAGCUAAACAGGUGUCUAUUGAGGACACGCAACUUAAUCGCCCGCUUUCACCAGAUACUGCCCCACCAUCAGACAAACCGGUCCUGGCAGCGGCUGAAGAGGCCAUAGCUGCUAUCGCAGAAGAGCUACCUGCCAACCAAUCUCGAUCACCCACUCCAGUCGAUCGAGAGCUUACGGAACCAGUCGUUUCACAGCAACAGCUUGCUGAUGACUUUUCUGAGCAACUGUCUCAAGAGGAACUGCCUGUCGAUUCUACUGUUUCCCCGAGACGCGAGGCUGAGCCAGUAGAGCCUGCUAUUUCAGACCCACCGGAUAUCUCCCGCAAUUUGCCCAUUGAUGAAUCAGCACCGGAGCGUCCACAUUUGACCGCUCGUGGGACUGAAUUCUUUGACCCCGUGGCCUCUCCGUCACAGUUCACCGGUGACGAGCCUUCAAUGUCAACAGAACAACCUCUUGCUAUUGUAGAGGACGGCUUUACGGCCACGGAUAAGGACAAGAAGAAGAAGAAAAGGCGCAGCCUAGCUCAGGAGUCAGAGCUGGGCCGAAAAUCAUCUUUCGAAGAAAGCAUGAAUGAUUGGCCAGCAGAAGCACCACAACUCACUCCAGGACAGGCCACCCCAGGUAUAGAUGACUUUUAUACGCCGAUGGAGCAGCCCAUUGACGCCCAAGAUAUUAAUUUUGCCGAGACUUCAAACAAGAAGCCGAAAAAGGAUAAGAAAAAGAAGCGAGCUGGUCGUAUUAUAAGCGAGGAUUGUUCUACCAUCCCUUCUGAUGAGACUUUUGAUGAGACUUCGGCCGAGCAAUCUAUUCCCAUUCUUCCAGAAUCCAGCGAUGUACCAAACUCAGAGGCGCUCUCAAGCGAUCCCCCGAUUGAGCAACAUCAACUCUCAAUUGAGCAACCUACUCCUAGCCAAGGCCAGCCCGCAGUGGUUUCUACAGUAUCAGAACAUUCCGCAGAGCUCCCGCCACAUGGCCAAGUUCCUGACGAGCAGCCACAUUCCAACACUGAGGCAGUGGAAGCCCCUCUGACUAGUGAAUGCCAUCCUGCGGAUCAGACAACCUUGUCAGAUCCUACCGAUUCCAUCUUGACUCAUCCCCAGGGACCACUUGAGCAGCAAUUUCUUCAGAACGACAUGCAACACAUUGGGGAGCAAGGUCCAGUUGAGCAGCAAGAAACGCCUGUGUUAGAGUCACAACCUUUGCCACAGAUUUCAACGGUGGAGGAAAGCCAAACAGACAACCUGUUAACUUCCAAGUCCAAAAAAGACAAGAAAAAGAAGAAACGCGGUAGCCAACUUUCUGCCGAGGAGCCCUCGCCCAAUCCGGAGGCAGAGCUGCCUGUUACGUUGUCCAAAGACCUGAGCCAAAGUCUUCAUACCAUUCCAAAUCAAGAGCCUGAAAUCGAGCCUGGCCUACAAGCUGUGGAGUCUUUAGCUGAAGAUAUCCCGUCGUCCGAUCCUACAGUAGAACAAGACAACCAGCUUUCUCCUGGAUCAGAUGAGCGGGCCAGCUCUCCAACGAAGAAUUCGAAAACGGACAAGAAUGAAAGAAGGCAGACCAGGCCCCGGGACGAUGGCGUACCACAGGAGGACAUGGUUAUUCCUGGAGAACCUGCACUAUUGGAGCCAGUUGAGGCUGACAUACCUGUCUCCACGGAGGAAUCUGUCUCUAAGCCGCCCAUAUCAGUGGAGCUUCCAAAAGACGACGAUCUUCCGGAAGUUUCCCUAACCAAGAAGUCGAAGAAGGACAAGAAAAAGAAGAAGCAAGCUAGUUCCCCGGAAGAUGACUUGUCGAAGGAGCAGGUAAAAACACCAGCAGAUUCCAAGCUCACAGACUCCCCUGUUGACGACCCGACGCCUGAACCUGAGCUGGCUCAAAUAUCAUUUCAGGAGGAAGAUACGGGAGAAACGCCUGCUUCUAGCAACUCGCUUACCUUGGAGCCUCCUGUUCUUGAGGUGGCUGUCACUCCAGAAAAUUCGAAAUACGACGAUGCCGUCGAAUCUACGACCACUAAGCCUAAGAAGGACAAGAAAAAGAGGAAAAAGACUAGCUCUCUGGAAGAUGAUGUGCUACAGGAUCCAGCUAAGACGGCUGGGCAACCUACUCCCUUUGACUCUGCUCCCCUCGACUCGUUACCUGUGCAGACUAGCUCUACCCAGGAAUCCGAAAGUGAAGUGCCUGUUUUAGCCAACCAAGCUACUCCUGAACUGUUCACUGAACAACCUGAGCUUGAAUUGCCGGUAAUUGAAACAUCCACCGAUCAGCUCGAAUCUAAAGUGCCUGUUUCCAUACCUACUGAUGAGACGUCGAUACCUAUGGAGGAUGCUGAGACCGACAAGGCUAUUGCUGUUGCUAGUACGAAGAAGUCAAAGAAGGACAAGAAAAAGAAGAAAUUAGUUCCUACUUGGGAUGAUAAUGUUCAGCAGGAACCAGCUCGACUAGCCGAAGAGACCGAGCAUGUUUCUGCUGAAGUACCCAACGAAACCCUUCAAUUCGAGGCUUCGACUCCUCUUGAGACACCCCCGCCUGAGUUUUCUACCCCCCUUGAGACGCCACAGCUUGAGUUUGCAACACCCCUCGAAACUUUUAAGGACGAGGAUCCAUUCAACAUUAUUCCAGCCAAAAAAAGCAAAAAGGACAAGAAGAAGAAGCGAGCCAGCACUUGGGAGCCUGAGCCGGAAUCAGAAAUCAUGGUUACAACACCUGCUGAGGACCUGCAGGAGCGUACUGUCGACGCCCCCUCGGCUGAUGAUAGUCAAUUGGAAAGCCAGAAGAUACGUGUAUUGAUUGACAAACUUCCAGAACAGACCAGUCAACAGUCCGCGCUUGAAACACCACUCAGCAGUCAGAUCAAUGUCCAAGACAACGCUGAUAUCCCCCAACAAUCACAAGCAGAGAACGUCGAGAACAAAUUGGAACAGGAGAGCAGCGGCCUCGGACAAAUUGUUGAUGUGUCCAAAGAUGGCCAGAUUGAAAUCGACCAGCUCGAUCUUGUGGCACCAGCAGGAGCUAUCCUAGAGUCAGAACAAAAGGAUGUGAUGGAGGAGCCACGGCCAAGCACUCCAGCGACCACGGAGCAGCCGUUGUCCGAACAGCAGCCCAAAAAUCUUGAGAGCCCUGCCAUCAUUCCACUUGCUGAAGAACCGGCCCCACAACAAACCCCAGUACCCGUCCAAACCACUGAGCAGCGUUUUGAGGAGCUAGUGCCCGAAUUCACCACCACUGAAAAGCUGAAGGACAACGAGAAGACACAAGUUAGCCAGAAUCGUGAUUCCGAGACCGAGCUACUGUCAACACCCGUGGUUGAAGAAGCACCUGAUGGGACAAUAACCAAGGAAUCUGGCACCGUCCUUCAGAAUGAGCAGCCAACUCAAGAAGAUGAGGCUGGAGACAUACUUUCAGGCUUCGUUAGUGGGAAGAAAUCCAAGGACAAGAAAAAAAAGAAGGGCGCCCAAGCACAGGCCUUGGAACCCGAACCUGAACCAUCUUCGUUGACCUUGGCUGGCGAGACCACUAGCCAAGAGGAGCAACCCGUGUCUGCUGUGCCUGUUGAACUGGCUCCGGCUGUUCUGCAGGCUCCUAGCGACGGUAGACCUUUGCCCACUGAGCCAGCCUCGGUUGAGGAGCCAAUCAGUCAUCUGGAACAAAACCCUCCCUCUGUACAUGCUAAGUUGAGCACCGAGGUAGUGCAAACCCUCAACAAUGACGCGACCCUACGCACCGAGUCGAUUCCAGUCGCGUUAGAAAUACCGGAACAGAAUAGCUUUCCAAUCCCUGUCGAGGCUCAACUCGAAGACCCGCUCCCGGAUUUUACCACCAGCAAGAAGUCCAAGAAGGAUAAGAAAAAGAAGCGCGCAAGCCAGUUACAAGAUCAGGAACCCGAAUCCUCGGUUGCAAGUCAUGUCGAACAAGAGCCACUUUCACUCCUGAACGAUCCCAUUACAAGUGUUGAUGAAAUCCCGCUUCCCGAGGACUCCUCCGUCCCCAAAGCUGUUGACACUUUUGAAGAUGCGUUUCCAGAGGUGACGACUGGCAAGAAAUCUAAGAAAGACAAGAGGAAAAAGAAGGGAAGUCAAGUUCUAGAUAUCCCAGAACCUAAAACCCCUCCUGCUUCGGUUGAAGAGAGUCCUUUUGAAACGACGCAAUCCGCCAAGGAAUCACAGUCAAUGCAAGACACCGUAUCUGAGCCACAGCUACCCAAACAGUCAGCCGAAAUUGGUCCUGUUCAAGGGACUGUUGGCGAAGAGACAGUUUCUGAUGUGCCAAUUCCUGAGCAGCUUACCGAAGUUGGGCUCAAGCCUGUAAUUGACGAUUUGAAUACUUCUAGAGAUAUUCAUUCUGAGGUUGAGUUCCCACUCUCUGCAGCUGGCAAGGGAUCAAUGAAGGAGGAAGAUGCUCAGGUUCAAGUUAUUCCAGAACAAGAAAUCUCGCCAACCUCAAUCAAGCCUCAGCCGACUCAAAAGUCUCAACCAAUGCAAGAGUCUCAGCCGACGCAAGAGUCUCAGCCGACACAAGAGUCUCAGUCGACGCAAGAGUCUCAGCCGACGCAAGAGGUAUUCGUCGAGACACCAUUCUCAGAGCCCUUAGAUGUUAAGAUGCAACGGACUCAGGAUACUGUGCAUGACUUUCCGGUUGAGGUCGGAAAUGAAACUAAGGCUGAUAAAUCAACUGCGUCAAGAGACAUUCAGCUUGAAGAGUUUCCCGACACGAUCUCUGGUAAAAAGUCCAAGAAAGCCAAAAAGAAGAAGAAAGGGUCACAAAUCGUGGACACUCUAGAGCCCGAACUUCUGCCUGUGCUGGCUGAGGCAAUUCAGCCGACUCAAGAGACCUCCGACGCCCUGAUUUUCGAUGACCCUGCGGGUGCUGACAACGUCGUUGUAUUGGGAGAAACACCCGCCGUGCGAGACAAUCUGCCAGUCGACAAAGUUCCAGAGUUGACAUUAGGCAAGAAAAACAAGGACGAGGAGAGCAAGAAUGGUACUCAAGCUGUGCAUGAAUGGGAGGAUCCGAUCGCAGCCGCCCCUUCAGAAGAGGUCCACGCUGUUACAGAGGUUGUCGAUGAGUCGCCCGUUCUUGAUCAACCUUCAGGGGCUACGACGGAUGCCAUUGUUGGAGAAUCCAGCACCUCAAAGAAGUUACAGCUUGAAGACGAAUUCCCCGAGAUUGCCACCAAGAAAUCAAAGAAAGACAAGAAAAAGGCCAAGAAAUCUGCUGCUCUUGAGCAUGACCCAGAGAUGAGCAUUUCCAGUGUCACUCCAAUUGAAGAGAAUUUAUUGUCUGUGGGGCCAUUAUCAAAUUUCACAAGAGAUCCAAUCUCAGAUGGUCCAUCUAUUGAGGUACUGACCCCCGGUCAAGACGAGAAUCACUCCGCAGAACAACUCGACAUGCGUCCAGCGUCACCAUCUCAAUAUGUUACACUAUCAAAGGAGCCGGUAUCUGAAGUGAAAAGUUUCGAAGAGCCUGCAUCUAAUAAAGGGGCCAGUGUUCAGCCAGGGUUUAUCCCGCACGAUCAAAUAGAUGUGGAAGCAAUGCCAGCUGAAAGCUUGUCAAACGAUCUGCCUGUGAAGAUCAAUUCUGAUACUACGCCUGCAACUGCUCAGGACGAGCCACGCGAAUUCUUGGAGUCCACCAAGAAGUCUAAGAAAGACAAAAAAAAGGGAAAGAAAGCAAAGGCACCCGAGUCUUUGCCUUGGGAGUACAACGAUCCGGCGAGUGAUAGUCGGAACAUCUCUGAAGAACCUGACAUUUCUCUGAAGCCGAAGCAUGACGAAAUUAUCAACACCAGUCAAUCUAUUGAGACGUCACCCCUCGGCUUGUCGCAAGAAGCAGCCUCAAAUCUGCCCACCCAAGAGGUCCCUUCCAGGCAAAUAGACAUAGCUCUGACCGAACCAAUUCCUAAGAUGGCAACUACACUUGUGGGUAAGCCUGAAAGUUCUGCCUCAGGUAACGUGGAGGAAGAUCCGAUGCCUGUCGUUCGCAAGAAAUCAAAGAAGGACAAGAAGAAGCAGAAGGCUCUUGCGCAGCUCGAUUCCGAGCCCACAUCUGGCACCCAGACGCCAUUGGUACAUGAGGAAACUCAUGCUCUGCUUGAUGCAGAGCUUUUGCCCAUCGAAAGUGAAACUCUUGGCACCCGUCACAUUAUCGAAGAAGUCUCAGCUCAUGAACCUUUGGAGCUGGGUAUCAGCGGGAAGCAAGUGUUAGAGCCACCCGAAGCUGAUGAGCCAAUUGCCGCUGGGGAGGUUGACUCCGGCAGCCAGGAAGUCAAAAUGAACAAACAGAAGCGCGAGUCAGCGGCACAGGAUGGGUCUGAACAGCCUACUGAAGUACAGACCCCUCCAGCUGAAGAAGUGCCAUCGAACGCUGAUGUUGACACUGUUAUCACCGCCGCCGAAUCGAGUUCACCCCCGGACAAUGAACAGGCAAUUCCCGAAGAGCUCCAGCAAUCUCCGCCCCAACAAGAGGAGUGGCCACAUCAUAUCGCUAAGAAGUCUAAGAAAGACAAGAAAAAGCGCAAGUCAAUUGGCGCCCUGGAAACCGAGCCAGCAUCAGGCACUCAAACGCCUUUAGUUGAGGACGCACCUCUAGACUUGCCAACCACAGAGGUGACUGAGACUUUCCCUGCCGAAGCGUCAGAACCAAUUAUUUCUAUCCUGGACGAUCCGACAGCGGUAUCCACCGAGAAUUUGGCAAAAGACAAACGGCGCGAGUCAACUGGUUUGCUGGAGUCUGACCCCCCAAUAUCGGGUACUCAAAUAACGUUGGCUGAGGAUUUGCCGCCGGGCCAGCCAAAUCCAGAGAUUAUCAAAUCUCUGUCCGCUGAAGUGCACGAGCCAGACACUCGAACCGUAGACGAAUGGUCCGCUUUACCUUCGAAAAAGUCCAAGAAAGACAAAAAAGGGAAGAAAAGCAAAUCAUCAGGUACUGCAACUCCAUUGGAGCCAGCCCAACCGACCAUUGAACCAACUGCAAAGGUCCAAGAACCCUUGACCGAUGAAGUUAACUCUUCGAAAGCCAAAGACGUUUGGGAAGAUGACGAGUUUUUCAAGCCGAAAGACCCUGUUUCCGCAGCCGGCUCAAGCGACGACAGCCGCCAGGUACGUGGCAUCGAUUCGCAAAGGCCAGGCACGCCUCAACAUCUUUCGACUUCUGCAACUGCGCCCACGGUAGACGUGGACCUCUCGCCCGCUCAAUUGACAAGUCAUGUCGCUCACGAUAAACCAUUCGACCAGACGACACAGCCUGGGAAGAAAAAGCGGACCAAUACAUUCCUUGGUGACACUGAAAUUCCAGAACCAAUCUCUGCAAUUGAGCCUGUCUCUACUGCAAACGAACCCGUCAUAGCUCAUCUGGAGGACCCAAUCCCCAUCAUAGAUGAGCCCAUUAUCACCAGCACGGUCCUUGAUGAAAUGGCGGAGGACAAUGCCAGCCAAUCAAAACUCCCGCUUCCACCACCGACGGCUAGAGAUAUCGCUAUAGAUUAUCUGAACCCUCAAGCUGCUGAGUCUAGGAGCACACCCUUUCAGCCAGAAGUGAAUCUGACAUCGCCAGACCCCUACCCGACCCCAAGUCUCGAAUAUGCUGUUUCCUACCUCAAGUCAGAGCCAAAAAA